GAAAAAAGCAGGAAAUCAAAACCAAAGAAUUUUUUAAAAAAAAAAAAUCAAAAAUUAAGUAUUGCAUCUUUGGAAGCGCGAGCUCCCGCUCAAUCUCUGGUAAUCAAGUUUUCAAUUCCAAGUCUUAGGAGCUCCGAAAUCGAACCGCAACCCGCUAAAAAGAGGUUCAGUUCGAAGCGCAACCCAAACCCGCAGAAAAGAGAAUGGAAUAUAUCUCCUCUUGUUGUGCACUUUAAUUGAUGUGGCUCUAAACAAAGUAGAUUCUUGCCUAGUGUGUCUGGGUCUUUUAUUUUAAGCUUGGAAAUUCAUCAGUCGAAUAUUAGCUAGUUGGGGGGAAUGAAGCGCAGACGUAAGGGUGGUAAGAAAGGCAAAGCAAAGAAACCGAGAACAGUUAGUACAAAUGAGGUGGCACAAAGUUUGGUUACCUCAAAUACAGAAGACAACCCUGUGAUGAAUGAAUUGGACAACGAUGAAUUUGACUCUGGACCGGAGGCCGAGUCUCCAUCUUCAACUGGAGCUGAUCUGCCUGAGAAACCACCAAUUGUAGAUGAAAAACCAAAAACUCUUAAUCCUGGCCAUCCAAAUGAUGAUACAAAGCCAAAAUUAGUUUAUGGACGUGUUAAAGUGAAGAUCAAAGCUUCAAAAGCAUUAGACUCUCAGCUCACUUCUUCAGAUGCACCCAUACACAGUGAUACUGAGAAGAGCGGACAGCAAGUGGAGGUAGAAAACCAGGGAGCUCCCAGUGAAAAGAUGGAAGACAGUGCUAACUCAUUGCCUGAAUCUAACAUAGGCAAUUCUGGGAAUUCAUCUAAAAGAUCUGGCAGCAUAAAAUUAAAGUCAUCAAGGGGAUUUAGUUCAUCAAGUAUGAGCCCAUGUAGUAAUGUUGAAAUGAUGAAGGGAGAGAGUACACAGCAGAAAGAACCUGGGGUGCUCCGCCUGAAUCCUCAACAUGACAAGCAAGAGUUGGAUGCUUCUUUGGAGGUAAUAAAGAAAGUUAUGAAGAUGGAAGCAGCUGAGCCCUUUAAUGUACCAGUGAAUCCUAUUGCUCUUGGAGUACCAGACUAUUUUGAUGUCAUUGAUACGCCUAUGGAUUUUGGCACCAUAUGCAGUAAUCUCGAAAGUGGUAUCAAGUACAUGAACUCUGAGGAUGUCUACAGAGAUGUGCAGUAUAUAUGGGAUAAUUGCUACAAGUACAAUAAUAAAGGUGAUUACAUUUUGGAGCUCAUGAAACGGGUGAAGAAGAACUUCAUGAAACAUUGGACUGCAGCUGGCUUAUACAGCGAUCAUGCAGAGGGAACCAAUGGCAGUGAUACAAUUCAAGCAAUGGAUGUGACUCCUUCCAUUCACGGAAAGAUGCCUGUAAAAAAUGGUGCCUUGAACGCUGCAUCAAAGAAGCGCCAUGGUCUUAAAAAGCACAAGGACGGUUGUCUUUGUGCUAUCUGUGUAAUGAUGCGGCGCAGACAGGAGCGUGAGGAGACUUCUCAAAUGUUGGAUGAUCAGUUUGAUGCUGGUGAUGGUUAUAUGGAUGAAGAGGUUAAGCCAGAGGAAGCUUCACCUACAGGAAGUCCUGGUGGAGAUUAUUCUUUAGCAAAUAUGGACAAUUCGCAAGAACAUGUUGCCGAUGCUGACCUUGAAGAGAAAGGAGAUGAAAUGAAGUUGCAGGAUACUGAAAAUAUAUCACAACAGCGAGAGGACAAGCCUGAGGAUAACAAAGAGAAUUUAUUGACAGAUGAAGGAAAAGAAGAAGGUGAAAUUUGUGAGCAGUUGGAUCAGAGAUCUAAAGACGAGCAUGAUGCACAAAACCAUCCACCAAAUCUGGAGUCAGGUGAUGACUUGUCAAAUAAAGCCAGCAGGGAGAAAACACCUCUACAGCAUGAAGAUAAUACAGCAGCAAUUGAGCAACGGAAGACUAAGGAGUUGCUGGACAAGAAUCAAAGAGCUAAAAUGUAUGAGAGACUCCGUUAUUUGGAAAAUCCCAUGCUUUUUGAGUUAUGCGGCACCCUUUUUGAUGAUAAGAAUAAAUCUGUUUGGACGGGACCGCAUUCUCUUGUUCAUCAUGAGCGUUUUCCUCGCAAGAGCUCCAUUCUUGCGGCUAUUACUUCAUUUAUGAAGUAGCUGCGGACAUCGUUUCAGCAAUUCAAGGAGCAGCAAAUCAAAACUAUGAGUGCCUCUUUUCUUGGCUUUCAAAUUUACACCAGGACCAAGGAGUUAAUGGUUGCUUGAGGAAUCUUUGAUGUUUCAUAACAUGUUGAACGGCGAAGUGCUUUUAUGUGAUUUAUUCCAUCGCAGAACCCCCACUCCUUGCCUCCGAACUGUCUUCUACUCUUUGUUCCUCUUUGGAUAAUGAAAAGAUGUUUGGAAAA